AAUUCACUCACAAUUCGCACGCGGUACAAGCCGGCGGUGGCGGCGGAAACCCAACCCCCCCUCAUAAACCCUAAACCGCCUCAUUCCCCACCCAAUUUCGCCAUGGACGCGGAGGAGGCCUCGCCGCCGCCGCAGCCCCCGCCGUGGGCGCAGAACAAGUCGGCCGCGGCCAUAGAUUCCUCGUCGGCCCCUCUCGCCGCCGCGGCCGCCCGCCUCUCGGCCCGCUCCCGCGCGCUCCCCUCGUCCCGCGACUUCCACUUCUACAACAACUUCCCGGCCUUCAAAUCCCCCGUCGGCGCCGCGGCAGCCAAGGCCGACGCCUCCCUCGGCGUGCUGGGCGCGGCCCCGCUCCUCCCGGCGCGGCAGCAGCCGUUCCCGGGGGGCGGCGACCUCGACGACGCGCACGACUGGCUCGUCGCCCUCAACGACGACCUGCUCGAGCGGUUCGGCGCCUCCGUGGACGAGUUCAAGGCGCUGAGGGAGAAGGAGGAGGCGUCAGGGCGGAGGGCGGCCUCGGAGGCCGGGGACGGGGACGGGUUCCAGGUGGUGUAUGGGAAGAAGAAGAAGAAGGUGGGCGAUGGGGAGGAAGGCGUUGAAAGAGCGGAGGCCUUCGGGGCCUCCAGCUCAGUGAAGAUGGCCAAGGACAAGGCGGCUGCGCCGGGGAUGAAGGCGAAGGUGCCCUUCCACAUCCGCACCACGCGGCCGCAGGGGGUGUACCGCAUUGUGGUGGACAACUCGACCAAGCCUUUUGAGCAUGCUUUGCUUGAGCGGAGCGAGGAUGGCACCCGACCCGUGCACCCAUUGGAAAAACUCCCAAUUGAACAACUAAUCAACAGAAACGUUCCUGAUAGUGAGCCUGUAAAGCCACCUGCUUUAGAUGAUACCCCUUUUACAUUUGUUGAAGACCUGAAAACCUUGGAGGUGCUAGCCACAAAGCUGAAGAAUGCAACUGAGUUUGCUGUUGAUCUGGAACACAACCAUUAUAGGACAUUUCAGGGUCUGACAUGCUUGAUGCAGAUUUCAACAAGAACAGAGGACUUUAUUGUUGACACUCUUAAGCUUCGUAGAUAUCUUGGUGAUUACUUGAGAGAAUUUUUCAGAGAUCCAACCAAGAGAAAGGUAAUGCAUGGCGCAGGUCGUGAUAUAAUAUGGCUUCAACGAGACUUCAGCAUAUAUGUGUGCAACCUUUUUGACACAGGCCAGGCUUCAAAGGUCUUACAGAUGGACCGCAACAGCCUGGAGCAUCUUUUGCACCAUUUCUGUGGAGUGACCGCAAAUAAAGAGUACCAGGCUGCAGAUUGGAGGUUGAGACCCCUUCCUGAUGAAAUGAUCAAAUAUGCUAGAGAAGAUACACACUAUCUGUUAUAUAUAUAUGACCUGAUGAGAUUGAGACUAGUGAAGGAGUCAUCAGCUGACAGUGAUAUGCUUUUAGAGGUUUGCAAGCGCAGCAAUGAAAUUUGCUUGCAACUAUAUGAGAAGGAGCAGCUGACUGAUUCAUCGUAUCUACAUUUACAUGGAUUGAAAGAAAAUGAGCUGGAUGCAAGACAGCUGUCAGUUCUUUCUAGUCUAUAUCGAUGGAGAGAUGGCAUUGCCCGUGCUGAGGAUGAGAGCACUGGCUAUAUAUUACCGAAUAAGAGUCUACUUGAGAUAGCAAAGGAAAUGCCUGUGACAAGUGGGAAGUUAAAAAGAAUUGUUAAAUCAAAAAACUUUGACCGCCAUCUCAGCACUGUCAUUAACACUAUAAGGGAUGCCAUAUCAGCUUCUGGUGCUUUUGAGAGUGUAGCGGAACAACUAAAGAAGGGAAAGCUGGAAGAGUUAACAAUGGCAAAUGUGAAGAACAGCAGUGAAGACACUGAAAUGAUCCCUGCUGUUGAUGUUGAUAACAAUGAAGAUCCGAGUGAUGAAUCUGCUGUAGUUUCCACAGUGAUUACAAAUGUUGGUACUGCUUCUCCCUGUAUGGGAACUGUUACAAGUGAAGCUUCAUUCGGUAAUAUGCAUUUAGAGGACUUCACACCAGAAAAGAACUUGGGGACUUCGUCAGGGUUUACUGGACUGGCAGAUAAGGAAAUAUUGAGCAAUGGCCAGCAGCAAGUAGCAAAGGCCACUGUUCAAGUAUCGAAGAGGACUACAGCCUUUGGUGCUCUGUUUGGAAAACCAGCUGCUGGAAGAAGGCCGAAUCUUUUCCCAGGGCUUUCAAGUGAUCAGGGUAAGAGUAAGGUGGACAAGAUAACGUCUUCUGUGGUACUUCCUUUCCAUAACUUCUCUGGCAGUGUGAAACCUCCAUCAGGUAGCCUUCCAUUGAAAGAACAAGUGCAUUCUGAACCAGAAAGCGUCCAACACAGUGAUCCAGCCUGCCAAAUGGAAGACGUGAUACAGUUGGACACUGAAACAGAUGAUCCGCAACCACCAGAAAGUCUACUUGAUGAUGAGCAUCAGGAACCCAAAGUCAUGGAAAUGUCCAAGUCCCCUUCAGAUGCCCCCUCUGAUACUGAGCAACGGUUCCGGUCACUCAAUGAAGAGAGAAACGUUCAUCAGAAUCAAAAGAUACCUCAAGAACCCGAAUUUAGAUUCCCAGUGGUGCCUUUUGAUUAUGCCGAAGCCAGAGAGAAUCUUGUGUGUGGCGAGCCUAAAGCUGAGACAAAAAAAGACAAUGCAGUUGCCAGGCCCAUAAAUACGGAUUCUGGAGAUAAGCGGCGAACUUCAAACAAACCAGGUGCUGGAGAGGAGGGGAAUUUCCAGCAUCCACGAAGACGGCAGGCUUUCCCACCUUCUGGCAAUAGAAAUUUUACUUAUCACUAAUAGUCAAGAUGUAUAACUGAUCAAAUGUGAUGUUCCAAGAUUAUAGGUAAAAGAGUUAGGACAAAGGGAACACACAUUGUAUGUGGGAAUAUUGUGUGGGUAGAGACAAUUCUUGAACUUCCAUUCACGAGAAGAGGCUGCUCUUGCAUUGUACUCCCUCCAUUUCAAAUUGUAUGUCAUUUUGGCUUUUCGUUGUUCAUA